AUGAUUAACUGUAAAUCACUAACUGAUAUAUUCCAAGUGGUCUCAAAUCGCUUAUCCCGACCUCUGGAGAGGACCCAUGCACACCAGAAAGGUUGUGGCAGAGUUGAUCACUAUGCUAAGACAUCGCCCGACGAGUUCCGCAGGAGUACCUUAGAUGCUGUCGAUUCUCGAAGAAGACAUGAUCUACGCACCCCUCCAGGACCAGGACUCCAUGUUGACGGUACUUAUGGUCUUUCUGAAGUGUGGAGAUUGAUUGAACUUGGUAUCAAUUUGCCAUGUUAUUCAGACAUCACGGGGAACUCGUUCUGGCGCCUCAACGGAACAACGGGCCGCUUGUCCAGCGUCAAAGACGUUGAUGAUCUUGGAACAUCUAUUACUUGGUGGGAAGCUUCUGAGACGGCAAAAGUACGGGCAGGUGUUGUCUCACAGUUCAAGGCACGGUGCAGAAAGAAGCAGGUCCUUGAUCACCAUGUCGAAAUCUCGGCAACCAAGCAUGAGCCCGCCCUCAAAGUCAUGCUAACCAAAAAGUUUGGUAAACCCAGAAUAUCCAUCUUCUGGAUCAGAAUACGACUCUGGGUUUUUGGAACCUACGUAAAUGGAUGUGGAUCUACAGAAGGGGUUACUUUUGUGCGGCAGUCCGCAUCUCAGGAAGGGUAA